UGAAUUCUCCAUCGAUUAAGUUCAAAUUUUAUAUUUUGAAUAUUACGAAAUUAUUUUUGUUCAAUUGUGGGAUAUUUGUAUUUCGGCUAUAAAUCUGUAUGUUUUCAACCGGAACAUUUGUGUUUUAACUGAUUAUAUCAAUAAGGCAAUGCGUUCCUUAGAAUCCUGACUGUUUGUACACGAUGUUGGAUAUUGAGGAUGCAGAAACCGACCCGCAUUAUUUACCGCCACUGACUCCGACCCCUAGAUCCCUGGUGUUAUCGCAGCCGCAAUCUGCGCGAAGCGGCAGGACGACAAGCCGAUCUACGGUGGCCCCAAAGACCUUUGAUACAAAUAAUAUACCCAGAAGAACUCUCAAACAGGUAUCACGUGGUCAUCGGGAAUGGGCUUCCGGCCUUUGUGACUGUUGUGAGGACCAGCGACUAUGUUGGUACACAUGUGCCUGCAUGCCUAUUGUCAUAUGGACAUUAGGGGAACGGUUAGGGGAGUCGUACCCGUGUCCAGCGGCAUGGCUACCAGGAACUGGUGCUUCUUUCCGAACAAAGAUUCGAACUGUUGGAGGCAUAAAGGGAUCUACACUAUCUGACUGCUGUGUUAUAAUGUGUUGUUCCUGGUGUGCCGUGUGUCAGAUGACCCGAGAAGUGGACCAUAUGAUUGUUCAGCCGGAGCGCUUCGUCAAACCUAUCCUAUAAUCUAUGAAGUUGGAGAUAUAACACUGAUAUCAUUUGCUCAUGUUAUGAAAGGAGAACUCUGGCUUCUGUCGUGACAAAUUGUAAAUAAACCUUAUGAUAUAUUUUAAUACACAGGACUACUUAACUUGUUUGGAAAAUAAUACAUUGGCUGUCCUUCAUUUGUAAAUAUUUUUCCCAGACCGAAUGAACGGAGCUAUUGGAGUUAUUGCCGCGUUUUGUGACAAAUACGCCGGCAAUAUUUACAAUGAUUUUGGUUACAUAAAAAAUCAUGAUUAGUCUAUUCCGUUUGGUUAACCAUAAUGGUAUAUAUACCAUAAAUGGUAGUUUUGAAGACUUUGUUUUGAAGACACGGACAUCUCGCUUCCCUAUUGUGCCCACUAUUGUUCUCUGUAACAUUGUAAUUUCUUCCCUUUUAGAAUUCAGCAAAAAGCUUCUUUAUCAGUAUAUGUUCGACAGUCCGAUCUUUAGUAUGUAUAUUUUUAACUUUGUUUACACUGGUUUCUAUGUACUAGAAAAGCCCUUUUUUUACUAUAAGUUUAGUGGAUCAAAACUUAUAUGUAAUAUGAUCAAUGUAUCUUAAAGAGAACUUGACAAGUGAUAUAAUAAAACCCGUUAAUGUAAAAUAUAUAAAAAUCGGUGCGGUUUUGCAAUUUCAAUUAUCUUUCAUGCGCUGCCUCAAUCGAACUGACUCUGCUAUUAUGUUGCUUGGAUGUAUUCUUUGCUUCCCUAGGAUCUUCCUAUAUAUUAAUUUACUAUCACAAUAGCAAUCUUUAAGUGACAUAUGGCGGCCGUAAAAUGUUUUCUUCUAAAUUCAGUGUUGUGAUGUUAUCUAGCCCUUGAGGAUUAUGGUGUCCAUUCAAUAUCGAUUUAACAGAAUUUCGCUACAGCUGUUUAUACCAAAUGGAGGGCUGUUGUACUUUCCAUUACCUCUCAUAGACAGACUCUUGUCAAAACGAGUCUACAUUCUUGGCUUCCAAAGGUUUGUUAUCCUGUAAUCAUUGACAAUCGCUGUAUGCUUAUAAGUUAUUGUGUGCACCUAAAACUAUGAUAAUCCCGAUAAUACCUGAGCGGAUCCAGAGAAAAAAGUAGUGUUUAUGCAAGAAAAU